AUGGCUGUCGUGAAUCCGGACUGGGACUAUGAAAUAAAAGAUUUAAAACAUGCGCUGCGAACGAAAGACCUCGAGCUCAGCCUGGAGCGCAGCAAGCACUCAGUUGACAUAGUUGCGAAAGAUGAAGACAUUAGAAAGCUGCGGGUCAGCCAGUGCCUUCUGCGAGAUGAGAAUGGCGACCUGCACGAGCAGCUAGAAGAGGAACAGGCGCGUUCUGAUGGUCUGGAGAACGAGCUCAACGAAGCCCUUGCUCAGUUGGAUGAGCAAGCGGCUGCUGCUGAGCUAGCGCAAAACCAAAUUCGCACCCAGGCCCGGGAAGUCGCGAACCUAAAGGCCGAGCUCAAAGCAAUGGAAAACAUCACUUCCGAUUCGAAUAAGAUCCUUUCCGAGAAGCUCGCCCUUACCCGCGAAAUCUCCUCGCUUCGCCCCGAAGUCGAACACCUGCGCGCGCAGGUCGAAUCGAACGACGGCCUGCUUGCUGAGAAGCUUUCCCUGCAGCGGCAAUUGACCACAAUCCAGGUUGAACUCGAGAACGAAAAGCGCACAUCGGCGCGUGCCCUCGCAAAGCAAGGAAAGAAGAUGGAACAGGACGAGGAUCUCCGAGGACAGAUGGAGGAGCUGCGCAAUGAGCUGGCCAAGGAGAAGAAGGACCGCUUCAAAGCUGAGGCAGCAUUGGCCAAGGCCGAAAAGGCUACUGAGCAGGCACAGGCUGAUCUAGAGUCGCAGGAACAGGUGAUGGAACGCGCACAAGCCAAGCUGGACAAGGCCGAAAAGAAGGAAGCUCAAAAGGCGAACAGGCGGGAUGAGGAACGCGAGGCGGAAGUCGAGCAGCUACGUGAGGAACUAGCACGAGAGAAGAGCGCCCGGGCAGCUGCUGAGAAGGCCAAUGCAAUUGUCAGCGAGCGCGAUGCGCAGUUAGAGGAGCUCCAGCAGCAACUCGACCAGGAGAAACGCGAGCGUCAGAAACUUGAGAAAGCCAACAAGAAGAGCCAGCAGGGCAGCCAACAAUCCGAUGGAAAAGCCGAAGAUAUGAAGACGGAGCUCGAGGAGGCCAAGCGGGAGCGGAAGCAGCAAGAAAAGGAAUACACCAAGACCCUCUCCGACCUGCAGAACAAGAACGCCAUUCUCGACGAUAAGCUGAGCGCUUUCCGGGAGAAGCUACGUUCCACCAAAGAGAAGCUCAAGCAGAAGGAGGAAGAACUGGAGCGCGCCGAGCGAGCCCAAACCGCGCCGCCUGCCAAAGCCGUUCGCGAGACGUCCGUCAAACCCGCAAAGAACGUGCGGAAGCGCAUGGCCGCCUCGGUCGAGCCAGAGACCAACCUGGGGACACCAGGUAACGGCAUCCCAGCGAAGAAGACUAGACGCGGAAUAUCGGCCACGGCCAUUGGCGACACGUCCAACUUUUCACUGACACCCUUCCUCAACCGCACUGCUAUCAGCGUGCCCGGCGAGACGAUCAUUGAGGAGGAAGAUGACGAAAAGGCCAGCACCGACGCCGCUGAGGAAGCAACCUCGAUGGCACCACCCAAGAAAGCAGCAGCACCACCCAAGAUCAAGGCCCUCGUACCGUCAGCAUCCAACAAGGCAAACGCUAAACCCGGCACCCGAAAGAAGACCAGCGCGCCCAUUCUUGACGUCGUUGCUGAAGAAGCCUCUCACCUCUCGACCAAGGACAACUCUGAAAACUUGUUACCCGCCGUUACCGUGCCGCUCAAGACCACCGAUGGUCCGUCCAAAGAGCCUACAAAGUCGAAGCUUGUCCCCAAAAUCAAGCCACGUAAAUCGCUCAUGUCUUUUGCGACCUUCAUUGACGAGCCUGCCGCCGAGAAGAAAAAGAAGCGCAAACUGGGGGCAGGUGGACUUGGAAAGACGCUUUUCGACGAUGACGAGGAGGCUGACGAAGAUGCCCCGGCCAAGCCAAAGAGUAGCAAGGGCCUCUUUGCUGCGAGGGCGCUGGGGAAGGCCGGGUUGGGUAAGGGGAUUGGACGGCCAAUAAGUGGGGGCUACAACAUGAUGUCCGAUGAAGGGUUCACAUUUUCGCCGCUGAAGAAGGACAGGAGGGCAGGUGGUCCCGGUGCAAGCUUCCUGAAGUGA